CUUCUCCUCGAGCGUGGGGCAGAGGUGAAUGCGAAGGGUGGCAAUUUCGGCAAUGCACUACAAGCAGCUGCAUCUCAGGGAAACGAAUCGGUUGUGCAGCUUCUCCUCGAGCGUGGGGCAGAGGUGAAUGCAAAGGGUGGCCAUUUCGGAAAUGCACUAAACGCAGCGAAAGAAUACAAUCAAGAAUCGAUUGUGCAACUUCUCCUCAAACACGGGGCAGAU